AUGUCGCAGCAACAGUGUGUUUCACCUCAUCAACAUCUUUACAAAAAGAAAAGUGUAGAUUGGAAAAGUGAAUUGCGAAAGAAGUUUAUUCGACGACUCCGAGAUGAACGAGAGAAAAUUUUUAAUCGUGCACGUGGUGGGUUUGAAUGUUGGCAGACUGAUUUGUUCAUUGAAAGCAUAAUACAGGAUGAAGUUGAUGCUUUAAGAUUAUCAGAGCAUAUCACGGAGAAUGAACUGAAUGAAGCUAUUCAAGAAUUUGAACGAUUUCGAGACGAAACGACUCAACAAGAAAUAGAAAGCAUGAUUGCUUAUGAACAAGAACGACUGGAAGAUUUGGCAAGUGGGUACAAUGCUGUCUUGUGUCCAAGAUGUCAGUUUGCCAGUCUGAGUUUUCCGGAUGAAUAUUCACUGAUAUGUGAGCAUUGUAAACUGCAGUUGCGUUUGACGCAACCAUUACCAUCUCCUCUUGAAUUAACAACUCAUUUUACAAAUAUUUUCACUUCUCAUGCUGAUCGAGGAUGUUCAGAAACUCCUAGUUUAAUAUUGCAAGGUGUCGAUAAAUUAUUUCUUCGUUGUAAUUGGUGUGCAUUUAAUUAUGAGGUAUUUUAG